CCCCUCUUCCGACGGCUGGGGCUGGACCUGCAAGCCUGCCUCUCUGAGUAUGCUGACGAGCCUGCGGUGUGUCUCCAGGGAACGGACCCUGAAUCGAGGCUUCUUGCUCAAGAGGCCAGGAGCUUCCGUGACCGGUGGGGGUAGCUUCAGAUCUGAGUCCUGUGAUCUUUCCUGCCUGGCUUCAGCACCGCGGAGAGGGAGGCUCCUUGGGGUAGGAUCCCGGCUCUGGACACAGCCCCUCCCGGGGCCACCCACGGUCUCUCUUUCCUUUCCUUGGUUUUGGGGGGCCGCGCAUGGAGACCCUGGGUGUCAGCCGCGCAGGAGUCCCACGGCCCCCGAAGCAUUUGUGGAGGCAGCCACGGCGCCCCAUCCGCAUCCAGCGGCGCUUCCACUCGGACCCGGAGCCCAGCGAGUGGUCUAUGCUCCUGAAGUCCUGGCGCUCGUGGCCCAGCUCCUUCCACCGCCGCUUCGACCUGGAAAAUGGGCUCGCGAGCUGCAGAGGCCCCUUGGAUCCUCAAUCUGGCCGCGUCCUCCAGCCUCCUGGCCAGCAAGGCCAGCGGCGCGAGUCCUUCCUGUACCGCUCCGACAGUGACCAUGAACCUUCAUCGAAGGCUGUGUCCCGGAACUCCUCGGUGGCCAGUGAUCUACAUGGAGAAGACAUGAUUGUCACGCCCUUCGCACAGGUUCUGGCCAGUCUCAGAACGGUCCGCAGCAACGUGGCCACCCUUGCCCAUAACCCAGGCAGCGCCACCAGGCAGCCACUCUUGGGGACCCCUCCGUGUAGCAGCCAGCUGGCCGCCCCCACAGAGGACGCUGGGCUGCAGCUGGCGCAGGAGACGCUGGAGGAGAUGGACUGGUGCCUGGAGCAGUUGGAGACACUGCAGACGCGGCGCUCGGUGGGAGAGAUGGCGUCCAACAAGUUCAAGCGCAUGCUCAACCGCGAGUUGACCCAUCUGUCGGAAACCAGCCGCUCAGGGAACCAGGUGUCGGAGUACAUCUCCCAGACCUUCCUGGACCAGCCGGCGGAGGUGGAGCUUCCCAGGCUGCCCACUGAGGACACGCGGCCCAUGUCCCGGAUCAGUGCCCUGCGCGGGCCCCGCCCCGCCAGCCUCCCCACAACUGCCGUCCCCCGCUUCGGGGUCCAGACAGAUCAGGAGGCGCAGCUGGCUAAGGAACUUGAAGACACCAACAAGUGGGGACUUGAUGUGUUCAAAGUGGCUGAGCUGAGCGGGAACCGGCCGCUCACAGCCGUCAUGUUCAGCGUCUUCCAGGAACGGGACCUGCUCAAGACGUUCCAGAUUCCGGCGGACACGCUGCUGACGUUCCUGCUCACGCUGGAGGCUCACUACCACGCUGACGUGGCCUACCACAACAGUGUGCAUGCCGCGGACGUGGCCCAGUCCGUGCACGUGUUGCUGGGCACCCCUGCCCUGGAGGCUGUGUUCACAGAUCUGGAAGUCUUGGCGGCUAUCUUUGCAUGCGCUAUCCACGACGUGGACCACCCGGGCGUCUCCAAUCAGUUUCUCAUCAACACCAACUCGGAGCUGGCGCUGAUGUACAAUGACAUGUCGGUGUUGGAGAACCAUCACCUGGCGGUGGGCUUCAAGCUCUUGCAGGCAGAAAACUGCGACAUUUUCCGGAACCUCAGCGCCAAGCAGAGACUGAGUCUGCGCAGGAUGGUCAUAGACAUGGUGCUAGCCACAGACAUGUCUAAACACAUGAGCCUCCUGGCCGAGCUCAAGACCAUGGUGGAGAUGAAGAAGGUGACCAGCCUCGGGGUCCUGCUCCUGGACAACUACUCCGACCGUAUCCAGGUCCUACAGAGCCUGGUGCACUGCGCCGACCUCAGCAACCCCACCAAACCUCUGCCGCUCUACCGCCAGUGGACUGACCGCAUCAUGGCCGAGUUUUUCCAGCAGGGUGACCGUGAACGCGAGUUGGGCCUGGACAUCAGCCCCAUGUGUGACAAGCACACUGCCUCUGUGGAGAAGUCCCAGGUGGGAUUCAUUGACUACAUCGCCCAUCCGCUGUGGGAAACAUGGGCUGACCUGGUGCACCCCGAUGCUCAGGAGCUGUUGGAUACGUUGGAAGACAACAGACAGUGGUAUCAGAGUCGGAUACCAUGCAGCCCCACUCACGCCGUGGGCCAAGAGCACUGUGGUCCUGACAGAUUCCAGUUUGAGCUAACGCUGGAGGAAGCUGAGGAGGAGGAGGAGGAAGGACUGGCCCAGCACUGAGCAUCCAGUCCUCAGAGUCACCCAGCACUUAGCUUCUGUCCUCCAAGACCAGCCUGGAGCACAGGGUAGACCCGACAAGAUUUUGGGCUAGCCUAGCAUGGACCAUGAAGUCACAGUCACGCCCUUUGGGUGCCUAUGGACGCUGGUGACUUCUGAAGUGAUUUCUGGCCGUGUCAGCUUCUCUUUUCACCUGUCAAAGUACACAGCCGAAAUUUACACAUAGACAAAUCUUGGGUUCCAUUUGGAAGCCUGCGGCUGGGGUCCACUAUGACCUCAGGCUUGGAUGGAAUGGAAUUGGCAUCUGGGUGGCACCUCCUCUUGCCUCUCUGUCCCGCUUCCGUCGGCUUUGGUUGGCUUCGGUCGGCUAGGGCUGGGGCUCUCUGUGGUUUCCGUUUGUUUGUUUGUUUAGCUUCUUUUCGACGCUGAAGAUGGAAACCUGGGGUCCCACGUGCUCUGUGAGCAGAGUGGCCCCAGCCCCAACAUCACCAUUUGCGUCCUUUGAUGUCAAUAGGUGUCCGGCCUCCAACCGUCCAAUCACAGACCUUUACUGAGUCCCCCAGGGAGAAUCCCUUUGUAAAUAGAGACAAGGAGCAGCCCCCACUGAAGUCUAGUGUCUUCUGACGCUAGAGACUGUGCCAGACUCUUCGUGGAUACUGAGAGGCAGGUGGCCCUCUGAGAAGAACCCGCAGGCCUCCGACUCCCUAUGGUUUGUUCACACAGCCAUUGAUACAGCUGGUAGGGGUCCUCCCUGUAGUAACCUGGGGAUCAAACCAGUGUGGAGGGUCUCAGCAUACUCAACUGUGGGUCCCCAGAGUCAGGAGGAGGAGGGGGAGGGUUUUAUGUGAGUACAAGAGAGCUGGGACGUGGCUCUGGGGUGGAGCCCCUACCUAGGAUCCUCCAGUGAGGGGCU